AUGCCCAGAAAUCAUCUGACAUCAGACUGUUUAGAGAUGGAUGCUGACAUGUCUCCCAGCUACAGGCACAGUGACUUAAGCAGGGAUGGGAGUCUGGACAGCAGAAGGAGCAGUUCUCGGUCCAGAAGUUUUACCUUGGAUGAUGAAAGCCUGAAGCACCUUACCCAUGAAGAGAAGGAUGUCAUCCUGUUUUUUGAAGAGACAAUUGAUUCCCUAGAAGAUGAUUUGGAGGAAGAAGCCCUUUAUGAUAGUGGUAUCCACUGUCACUCUCCAAAGUCCCUGGAAGAGAGUACUUCCAGCCACUCUGAGCCAGAAGAUAUCAUUGACUUGGUGAAGCCGAUACCUGAGGAUCAAGAAGGGAAAUGCCUUCGGCACAUGGCCCAAGCAGCAGAGUCAGAAAGUAUUGAGAAAGAAGAAGCACCCACCCUGGAAGACAAAAAAGAAACAGCUGACAGCGUUUCAUUGGCAGACUCCCCCAUUCCUGAAAAUACCCCUCCUCAGGCCCCUCCCCUCCCUGUCUCAGCCCCUACGUCUCCCAGGAAGGAGCUUCUCUCAUCCUCUCCUCCGGCGGAGCACCCAAAACUCCUCCACUCUGUACCCACUCCACUUGUCAUUGCUCAGAGGAUCUCUGAGAGAUGGGCAGGAAGUGAGGGUCUGUCCCCCACAUCAACAUCAGUGGAAGGGAGGUUCAGUGGUUGGAAGACUAGGACCUUUGCCUCCCCGUCAGCUCAAAAUGGAGAACACUCCCCAUGGCAUGGGCAUGCCUUGGCUUCCCAGACUGUCCCUAAGGUUCAUCGCUUCCCAAGCAACAUCAGUGUAACUAACAGUGCUGGGAAAGAUUUCAACAAGACCAUUUCCAAAGCAGCAGUCAACGUCCAAGAACGCAAGGCUCAGGUUCUGGCCAACAUCAAUGGGGUGGCCUUCUUUGCUCCAGGGGAAAUGGAAGACCGGUUACAGAAGAAUGAGCCAACUGACCAAAAAAGGAGUCUCCUUCCUGAGCAGGCUACAUGCAAUGCCCUGAGCAAGUUGAGCUUGGCCAGGGAGGCCCCAGGCCCAGGAAAAGGAAGACAGACGAGCAUUGAUCAGUGUUCCAAGGCUGUACAAACAGAACAAUCCACAACUCUACCCAAUGGCUACCAGAGCAUCCAUGAUGUUUUGAAGAGCGAGCCCAGUCCUUUCGUCUCUACUGGCAAGACUAUCACUUUCCGCCCAGACUCGGCUCUCACCAACAAGAUCGUAAGGCAGAAUGUUGCCAAGAGUUUCUAUGAACAUCGGCAGCCAGACUUUGGCCAAGAUGUCAGGAGACGUUCUGGCUCCCUCCCAAGAGCUGUAGGAUUCCGACCCCAAGGCAUCACUGUGCAAUUUGCAGGACGGGGUUCCACGGAAGAAGCCCGGCGAGAGGCUUUGAGGAAACUAGGGCUACUAAAGGAGACUUUAUGAUGGGUAAUGCAGUGAGGGAUGCUGAAGGAGAAGGGGGAGCCAGUCUUGGCUGUGAUGGGCUAGCCCAGUCUGGCAGAAUGGUUAUAAUAGUCACAAUGUUCCCUCCCCCAUUAAAGAGCCUGGGGCAGGGAAGAAUUGUCAGGAGGAACACAGAGAUUGUUUACCUCACCAAAGACAGACAUCUGGGAGAUACUUGGUCUAUAAUAAAUAUAAAUUCUUAAAGGCCAAUAUACCAUUCCCAAUUGUUGUGCCAUUUGUGGGGUUGGAGGUUCCAGGAAAACCAGUUCUAGAUGUCAUUAAACAUUGACAAUCCUGCCCCACAAUACCCCAUUUGAAAAAAUUGCCUAUUGAGGAUCAACGUCCUGCCAUACUUCCAAGUUUCCCUUUUUCCACACAAAGGCAAAAUCCAAGAAAUGGAGAGGGGGAAGGAGGUAGAGAACAAACAACGGACCUUUCAAACCCAUUGACUUCAUGGAUUGUAAAUGCCAUAACCUUUUUUUGGUUGUCUUUAGUUGGCAUUCCUCAGCCACUCACUUCCUGGCCUCUUAUAAUCAUCUUCUGUCCCAAAGUACCUGGCUUGAAAUACCAGUUCUGACUAUCCCAUCUGUAUUUCCUUUCAACCUUUUUUUUUUUUUUUUUUUUUUUUAAAGUAAGGCCUUCUGUUCAUAUUUCUGAUCUCUUUUGUGCCUGGUAGAUCUUUUUUGGAAGGGGAGGCUUGUUUUUAGCACAAAACAUGUACUUAGUUUCUCUCCCCACCUCCCCCUGCAAAUGAAUGUGCAAUUUGGGUUGCAUAAGAAUUUUUAAUUUAAGAUUUAAGUGAAGGCUUUAUAGUUUUAUUACUAUAAUUUCAAUUUGGAGAGUAGAGAGGGAAUGUUGAAGACUUCGAUACGGAUGGUGGUUUUUAAGAAAACAAUUCUCAGUGGACU